GAUAAAAAACAGUCUGAGAACGCCCAUGCCAAGCAUCGGUUGCCGCCUGAAGCAAGGUCUAACAAUGGAAACGUCAAAGGGCUACAACAUGCGCUUUGAGCCGCUGGGUCAGAAAAUGUUCACACGCCGCAACUGGCUGCUGCGCUGCAGCAUUCUCAUCAACGUGGCUGUGCUGCUCUAUAUUGGCAGCCAUGUGAUGAUUGGUGGCGGCAACAAUUUCACUAGCGGCGGCGGAUUCCUGCUGCAGGAGCAACAACAACAACAACAGCCGGCGGCAUCCGCCUUACAGCUUCCUCCCUUUUUGCCACAACAACAACAACCCACGCCCAAAAAUGUUAAUUCGGAGGCGUCUUUCGCGGAAGAGAAGCUGGUGGUGGCAGGCACUGGGAAUGCCAAUUCAGAGCCAGCAGCAGCUGCGGCGCCACCAUCGGCAGCCAUCGGCGACAGCGGAGGAGGCAAUCUACCUGAAGCUGGCCAAGUGGUGGGCAACAUUGGCGUUGUCGGCAGCAGCAGUUCAGCCACAGAGCUGAAUAACACACAGUCCGAUGGCUACAUAGUCACUGGUGAUGAAAAGGAACUGGAUGAACGAGUGCGCAGCCUACUCAAUUGCUAUGAACGCGAUUAUGACCAACAGACGCUACAGCGUGGCGACUUUUGGGUGCUGCAGAACUAUGUGAGAGCGGAGCAUGGUGAGCUCAAGUGCCACGAGUCCAUCACAUAUACAACGCAUGCGGAUUACACAUUUUUGGACAAUCUAGUGCCGCUGCUGGAACGCUGGAAUGCACCCAUUAGCAUAGCAAUGCAUGCGCCAGGCACGGAUUUCCAGCCCACACUGGACUCCAUCAAGUAUCUGCGAGACUGUGUGCCUGGAAACCAGCUGGUACGCGCCUUUGCCACCUUCCACAUCUACUUUGGCACUAAGCACAUACCCAAGUCAGUCCCCAAGGCACAGGAUGCCCUUAAGACGGGCUACAAUUGUUCGCUGCCAGCGCCGUAUUUCAAUGUCAGCUCCGGACAUUUGUAUAAAGCGCAAAAGAAGCUGUUGUAUCCAGUGAAUGUGGGUCGCAACAUCGCACGCGAUUCGGCGCUCACUCACUUUAUACUCGCCUCGGACAUUGAACUGUAUCCCAAUCCGGGACUGGUUAAGAAAUUUCUCGAAAUGAUAGCGCGCAACGAACAGUAUUUGCGGCGGAAGGCGCCAAGGGUUUUCCCACUCAGUAUUUUUGAGGUGGAUGAGAAUUCGCCAGUGCCGCACGAUAAAACCGAGCUGCAGGAGUUUCUGCGGAAUGGCAAAGCCAUACCCUUCCAUAAACGGGUCUGUGCAAGUUGUCAUGGUGUGCCCAAGUCCAAGGAGUGGAUGGCGGCCAAUGAGACGGACGAGCUGAGUGUGUUUCACAUAGGCAAACGCACUGGCUACUAUGUGCACUGGGAGCCCAUCUAUAUUGGCACCCAUGCGGAUCCCCACUACGAUGAGCGGCUCAGCUGGGAAGGCAAGAGCGACAAGAUGACGCAGGGUUACUCACUAUGUGUGCUGGACUACGAAUUCCACAUACUGGACAAUGCGUUUCUGGUACACAAGCCGGGCAUCAAAGUGCUGAAAAAGGACAAUCGGCGAGCGAUGCUGGCAGGCAAAACGAACCAGCUGAUACGUAAGAUCAUCUAUCCGGAAUUGAAGAUCAUGUACGGCAUGCGCAAGGGCUGCGCAAUAUAGUAACUAAUUCUGCAGCGCAGCAGUUGAGCAUCGACUUUGAGCGAGGCGUUUGUGAAAAGACUACGACAACAACCAGCCACACUAAUACUAUUUGCAAUGCUAUAGAAUCCGGAUGCAUCGGAUGCCUAAACGCCCUGCCCCAAAAUACCAAUUAACAAUUAAUAGUAACCAAUUACCAAUUACGAACUACCAACUACCAACCAAUAACCAAACUAUGCUAGAACCUUCCUUAUGGCAUUCGCUGCGCACUGGAAGUGUGUGGUGUUUUAUGGUUAGUUAGCAUUAGUUUAGUUAGUUAGUUAGCCUAGGAUUAGGAUCAUUACUUAGGGUAUACAUAGAACGGACGGACGUUCAGAGCGGGUGUUUUUUUCUACUCUACGCAUAAGCAAAGCCUUAGGAGCACGGCUUAAGUACGUUAAACGUAGUUAGUUGUUGGUUUCCUCUUCGUUUUUCUGUGUCUAUUAUAAUGCUGAAUUAUACAUAGAUUGUUAGCCAGGAGCUGCCAUAAAAAUAGAUCAGAACAGACCAGAUGAUAUAAAUCCAGAUUCACUAUUGUAAGGCAGCACAACAGCUAUGAAAUAUCCAUUGAGUCCUAUUUGGAAUUGACGAUUAUUUGCAUUGUUUUUGUGUAUUCAUAGGCAAGUCAUUAAUCAUUUAUGAUUUAGUUAGAGUCAUGAACAUCAAGUUUUAAUUUAAGCCAUUUAAUUUAUGUCAUUAAGUUAGCACCACAUUCACGAAAGUACUUCAUGUGGAAUACUCAAAACUCCAAACAUUUUGCCCUAAAACAUACCAACUUUUGUAUACCAGGAGCCAUUGAAAAUGGCUGAUUGAUUAAUAGAGAGAUUCCUAGAGAGACAGACACAGAUACAGACACACAGCAGUCUUACCAUUUUGAGUCUGCACUUGCCUAGUUUGUAGAUUGAGAGUGGGCAACAAAUAGGUUAAAAAUGGUUAAUACUAAUUGAAACUAAUGAUAAUAUUAUUAUUAGACAGCAACAAUUCAAAACUUAAACUAUAAACUAUACAGCUAAAGCCGCUAUAAAGUAAAACGUUUAAAUGUUAGACUUGGGAAAUUACAUAAUUAGAAUGCUGAACACAAUUGACAAGAUGCAUAAAUACAUACAUAUAAACUUUAGAUAAACAAAAAAAUCGAGGAAAAUAAUUAAAUAGCAAUUACAAUUAUACACACCUUGAGGAAGAAGUUCAAGUUAAUGCCUAAAAUUAAACAAUUAAAACAAUUAAUUGAAAAUUACGUUUUUAAUCGUAAUGCGUAAAUGCAAACCGUGAUAUUUGUACUAGUAAAGGCGAAGUUUGAAGCUGAGUUUGAGCAUUAAUUGUAAUUGUAAAACUUAAGCACUAAGUGGAAUGAGAGGAAACAAAGAUAUGAGAAUGAUGAACAGAAACAGAACUCUAAAAUCAAAUCAUAUGCAUUAAACUAGUUUUGUAUAUGCUUUUUUUUUUAGUGUUGAACUUAAAGUCAAACUUGUGCACAUAUAAAUGUUUAAAACAUAACGAAAAUAAUUCUAAAGGGACAAACACGUGCUAUCAAAGAGCCGUGUUCAGCCUUUAGUUGUAGUAAGAAGAGAAGAGAAAAGAAUUGAAAUUGAAAUUUAUAUGGCGCUUUUUUCGAGCUAGAAUUUGUUGGAAUUGUUGUAAAAUGUAGCUAGAGGACGAUCGAACGAGAAUUGUCUAGCUUAGUACGAGUAUGUUGUUAAAUCUAGGGUUUAAAUGCAAUUUCUAAUUAGAGAGUGUCUUGGGAACAACAUGCAACAAUUGGUGUUUUGUAUUUAUUGUACUUGUCUAUCUAUAAGUCUACAACACAAACUUUUCAAUUCGCUAAAAAACAAAUUUAAUUUCAAAUCCAAUUUCAAUUAGCCAGACUAAAGAUUCACUCGGUAAUUAAACAAUAUCAUUAAAACCUAAUAAACUGUUGAGGACUAAACAAAGCUAAAAAUAGAUCCAAAAAAAGAGUUAAAAAGAUAUAUAUUUAAACAUAAAAGAAAGUAAAACACUUAUUAAUAAUGUAUUGAAGUGCCUUAGAAAAUUAUAUUAACAAAAAAAAUGAACAAAAUAUGAAAAAUACCACAAAUGGAAUAAGAAAUUUUUGUGUUUCAGUUUUUACAUUUAUAAACAAUUCUCAGACACCUUUUGUUGUGUUGGCUUAGCGGCAUUUUGUUUAGGCCAAAUUGAAUAAGAGAAAUCAUUAUUUUUGUAUGUAAAUAAUAAAUAAUAUGCAUACGAUAUGUGUAUUGUGUAAAACAAAUGUAUUAAACUAUUUGUAUAUGUAUAUAUGAACGAGUAUUUAAACAAAUUAUUUACUGAUUUACUUAAACUAAACGUUUUUAUAUAGUUUUCACAACUGCAGUUAGUCGAAGUCAUAUCCUAUUGAAUGAGUCUUCUUAUAGCUAGCCUGCCAAUUUUAUGUUUACAUACUAUUAUUCUUAUUAUUAUUAAUAUUACACCAUAGUUACAAUUACAAUGUAUUAAUGUUUACCUUGUUUAGGCCAUAAAUAUCAUAUAAAAAACUACACUAAGCUAAGGCCUCUUUAAGUUCAUUUGAGCGCAGCAUUUGAUCUUUCCUUUAUACUCCAUAAUUUACUGCGCAAUAAUUGCUGAGCAAGGACUAUUAGCUGAAACAAAUGGAUGAGAAAUAUAUCUAUGCAUAAGAAUUGUAAAAAUAAAGACAACAAUUUCAAAUGGAAUAAAAAUUCAUUGUG